GAGCCGCCGGGCCGCCUGGGCCGAGAUGUGAGCGCCGCCGCGCCGGGUCCCGCAGGCGCCCCUCGCCCCGCGCGGCCGCUAAUUGCGAGCGCGGCCUCAUUUGCAUAGGCCGCCGAGUCCGCUGGAGACCGGCCAAUCGGCGCGGCCCGCCGCUAAUGGCCAUGCAUUAUUCACCAGCCUAAUUGCUCAGCCCCAUGCGCGGCCCGCGCAGCCGCCGCCGCCGCCCGCGCCCCGCGCCCCGCGCCCCGUGUCGUCCCCGCCGGCCGCCCCGCUGAUGCCGAUGUCCCGCUCGGGGCCCGCGCGCCGCUAGCAGCAUGUCUCGGCGCAAGCAGGCCAAGCCCCAGCACCUCAAGUCGGACGAAGAGCUGCCGCCGCCGGACGGGGCUCCCGAGCACGCCGUCCGCGGGGACGGGGCCGCCGGGGACAGCGGGAGCGAGGCCCGGAGCGUGAGCGAGGACACGAGCGUGUGCGAGGACACGAGCGUGUGCGAGAAGUGCUGCGCCGCGUUCUUCAAGUGGGCCGACUUCCUGGAGCACAAGAAGGGCUGCACGAAAAACCCGCCGGUGCUGAUCGUGGGCGAAGAUGAGCCGGCCCCUCCGUCCGAGCACUUUCCAGAACCUUCCCCGGCCAGCUCCCCCAGCGAGCGGACAGAGAGCGAGGCGGCCGAGGAGGCGGCGCCCGCAGACGGCGGCGAAGGCGGUGAGGCAAGGGCCCCGGAGAAAGAGGAGGAGCCCAUGGAGGCCGAGCCCGCUGGGGACGAGAGCUUCCAGACCCCCGGGCCCUCGCACGCGGGGAAGCCGCCUCUACCUCAGAUCCCCGAGCCAGCGCCCGUGGCCGCCUACAGCAUGCCAAACACCAACGUGACCUUGGAGACCCUCCUGAGCACCAAGGUGGCCGUGGCACAGUUCUCCCAGAACGCGAGGGCUGCGGGCAGCGCGGGAUCCGGCGGCGGGGUCACGGCGGUGGCCGUCCCCAUGAUCCUGGAGCAGCUCAUGGCCCUGCAGCAGCAGCAGAUUCACCAGCUGCAGCUCAUCGAGCAGAUCCGCAGCCAGGUGGCCAUGAUGAACCGCCAGCCCCUGCGGCCGCCCCUGAACCCCGGGGCGGCCACGGCGGCCCCGAACGCCCCGGUGCCGGCCUCCAGCCAGCUGCAGGGGCUGGCCACCCACUCCGCCCUGCAGCUCUCGGCCGGGGCCCCCCCCACGCCCACGGCUCCUGGCCCCGCUACCCAGCCGGCCACCUACGAGGGCCCCCAGCCCCUGUCCCAGCCGGCCUCUGGGGCAAACACCCCGCACGUCCCCGGUGGGGGCCCCUCCAUCCCCACCGAGGCGAGCGGGCCGGCGUCCUCCGGCACGGCCCCGGCCUCCACCGUCCCAGCCUUGGCGGCCGGCCCCUCCAGCAGCAGCUCCCAGCCGCAGAACGCCUCGACGCCCCCCACCCUGGGGCCGGGGCCCCUCCUCAGCUCAGCCCCCAGCCUGCCAACCCCACUUCUACCUCAGACCUCCGCCAGCAGCGUCAUCUUCCCCAACCCGCUGGUCAGCAUCGCGGCCACCGCCAACGCGCUGGACCCGCUGUCGGCCCUCCUGAAGCACCGCAAGGGCAAGCCCCCAAACGUGUCGGUGUUCGAGCCCAAGGCCAGCGCCGAGGACCCCUUCUUCAAGCACAAGUGCCGAUUCUGUGCGAAGGUGUUCGGCAGCGACAGCGCCCUGCAGAUCCACCUGCGCUCCCACACCGGCGAGAGGCCCUUCAAGUGCAACGUCUGCGGGAACCGCUUCUCCACCAAGGGCAACCUCAAGGUCCACUUUCAGAGGCACAAGGAGAAGUACCCCCACAUCCAGAUGAACCCCUAUCCCGUCCCGGAGUAUCUGGACAACGUGCCCACCUGUUCCGGCAUCCCCUACGGGAUGUCGCUGCCUCCGGAGAAGCCAGUGACCACCUGGCUGGACAGCAAGCCCGUGUUGCCCACGGUGUCCACAUCGGUCGGGCUGCAGCUCCCGCCCACCAUCCCUGGCGUCGGCAGCUACGCAGACUCCCCCAGCCUCACCCCCGCAAGCCGCUCCCCGCAGCGGCCCUCGCCCGCAUCUAGCGAGUGCACCUCCCUGUCCCCCGGCCUCAACAGCUCUGAGUCCGGUGUCCCGGGGGCAGCCGAGUCCCCCCAGCCAGGGCUCAGCGGCUCUUCUCAGACCAAAACUGAGCCCGUGAGCCUCCCCUGCGCGAACCCCAGGCCAGGGGAGGCCCCCGGGAGCGGGCAGGUCUCUGCCACGUCUGCGGCGGCCAUCCUGACGGAUAGCAGCGCCUCCACGGGCCUGUGCAGCCCGGUCCUUCCCUCCGGCUCGGACCAGUUCAAGGCCAAGUUCCCCUUCGGGGGCCUGCUGGACUCCAUGCAGACGUCUGAGACGUCCAAGCUGCAGCAGCUGGUGGAGAACAUUGACAAGAAGAUGACGGACCCCAACCAGUGCGUCAUCUGCCACCGCGUCCUGAGCUGCCAGAGCGCCCUCAAGAUGCACUACCGGACGCACACGGGGGAGAGGCCCUUCAAGUGCAAGAUCUGCGGGCGCGCCUUUACCACCAAGGGCAACCUGAAGACGCACUUCGGGGUUCACCGGGCCAAGCCGCCUCUGCGCGUGCAGCACUCGUGCCCCAUCUGCCAGAAGAAGUUCACCAACGCCGUGGUCCUGCAGCAGCACAUCCGCAUGCACAUGGGGGGGCAGAUCCCCAACACGCCGCUGCCCGAGGGCUUCCAGGACGCCAUGGACGCCGAGCUCCCCUACGAUGACAAGGCCGCGGAGGUCCUCAGCGGCUACGACGACGACGCGGAUGAGAACUCCAUGGAGGACGACGCCGAGCUGCGGGAGCCCGCCGGCGACCCACCCAAGCCGCUGCUGUCCUACGCGGGGUCCUGCCCACCCUCGCCGCCCUCGGUCAUCUCCAGCAUCGCCGCCCUGGAGAACCAGAUGAAGAUGAUGGACUCGGUCAUGAGCUGCCCGCAGCUGACUGCCCUGAAGUCCCUGGAGAACGGGUCCGGGGACAGCGACCGCCUGAGCAACGACUCAUCGUCAGCCGUGGGCGACCUGGAGAGCCGGAGCGCGGGCAGCCCGGCCCUGUCCGAGUCCUCGUCCUCCACACGUGCCCUGUCACCCAUGAACAGCAACAGCGAGAGCUUGCCCUCCAAGUCCCCGGGCCUCAGCGCCCAGGAGGAGCCCCAGGAGAUGCCACUAAAGACCGAGAGGCCGGACAGCCCGCCCCCUGCCCCCGAAAACGGAGGCGCGCUGGACCUCACGGCGGCCCCGCCCGGCCGGCCGGCCAUCAAGGAGGAGGCCCCCUUUAGCCUGCUGUUCCUGAGCAGAGAACGGGGUAAGUGUGCGGGCACUGUGUGUCGUGUCUGUGGCAAGCCCUUUGCUUGCAGGAGCGCGUUGGAAAUCCACCACCGCAGCCACACUAAGGAGCGCCCGUUUCUCUGUGCGGUCUGCGGGCGCGGGUGCUCCACUAUGGGUAAUUUAAAACAGCACUUACUGACGCACACGUUGAGCGAGCCGCGUUCUCAGUUCUGUGACCCCGACUUUGCCCUAGGUCCCAGCCAAAGCACUCCUAGCCUGGUCGCCGGCCCCGCGCCCGCCAUGAUCAAAAUGGAAGUGAACGGGCACAGCAAAGCCAUCCCGCUGGGCGAGGGCGCGCCGCUGCCGGCCGCGGUCCAGGUGCCCCCGGGGCCCCAGGCGGUGAUGAGCCCCGGCCUCACGCCCAUGCUGGCCCCCCCGCCGCGCCGCACCCCCAAACAGCACAACUGUCAGUCGUGCGGGAAGACCUUCUCCUCGGCCAGCGCCCUGCAGAUCCACGAGCGCACGCACACGGGAGAGAAGCCCUUCGGCUGCACCAUCUGCGGGAGGGCCUUCACCACGAAGGGCAACCUCAAGGUGCACAUGGGCACGCACAUGUGGAACAACGCCCCCGCGAGGCGCGGCCGCCGCCUGUCCGUGGAAAACCCCAUGGCUCUGCUGGGGGGCGACGCCCUGAAGUUCUCAGAAAUGUUCCAGAAGGAUCUGGCUGCGCGAGCAAUGAACGUUGACCCGAGUUUCUGGAACCAGUACGCGGCAGCCAUCACCAAUGGUCUCGCCAUGAAGAACAACGAGAUCUCCGUCAUCCAGAACGGGGGCAUCCCCCAGCUCCCCGUAAGUCUUGGGGGAAGCGCCCUCCCCCCCUUGGGUUCUCUGGCCGCCGGGAUGGACAAAGUGCGCAGCGGCGGCAGUCCGCCCAUCGUGGGUUUGGACAAAGCCAGCUCCGAGACAGGAGCCAGCCGUCCGUUCACGAGGUUUAUCGAGGAUAACAAAGAGAUCGGUAUUAACUAGCUGAGGUCGGCUCCGUUCCGCGCGCACCGUCAAGGGCGGCCAUCAGGCUGCGUGGCCUUGGGCCCCGGUUCCCCUGAAAAUGGUCCCCAUAGCAGAAGCCACGUUCCCUGUGCGGCUGCUGGAAGGCUGUCCUGGACACAUGUACUCUUCCCACGCGAGCCUGACUGCUCUGGGGACUCGGCCGGCUGCUCGUAAAUUGAGAUCAAAAAGAGGAGUCCUGUAGGACCGCCCUGGGAACGCAAAGGGCUCACACCCCAUCCACUCGUUCCUCCCAAAACCUGAUAACCCCCCGCGAGGGGGGGAGGGGUCCCCUGCGUGUCCCAGCGACACUCACUUGAAGGUUUUGUUCGAGUUAGUUAGAAACUUGAACUCGACUUUUAGACUGUUGAGGAUGUGGUCGGGUUCUCCCAGCGCCGUCUUCUGGCCGCCCCUUUGUCUGUAGUAUUUAUGAUGUUAAGAUUAUGCGGGUAACAGAUAAUGCAGCCCCACCUUUAGAGGAAGCUUUUGUACCGCAGAAUACAACUGGCUAUGUGAUUUUUUUCUUUUAAAGCAGAAUUUGUUUUACUAUAAAUAAGUGAGUUUUUUCAAUGCAGGCAGACUGUGAAGUCCCCCUGCGGAAGACCGCAUGCUUUCGUGUGCAAGUGCCCGUCAGUGACAAGCCUUUUUUUUGUUGUUCUUUUUUGUUCUUUUUUUUUUUUUUUCUUUUUUAAUUUAAAUGUUUGUAGCUGCUAUCUGGACAGUUGUUCCCUAGUGUGGUCUGUAGCCCAGCGAUUGGGAGCAAGUUACAGACAAAAUGUCACCGUAAAUUAUUCACAACAUUAUAAGUGGUUGUGAGGACAUGCUUCACGUUAUCAAAGUUGUACAAUAAAAAGGUAAUGUUUGUAUACUGUGGUUGCAAACUCUUAAUUUAUACUAUUGCACUUUUAGGAUUUUGUAUUAGGGAGGUUUGUCUAUAAUUUGAAAACUUAAAAAGAUGUAAAGUAUUUUAUAAAUAGUACUUUGGUUUAAGGAAAAUGAAAAAAAAAGCUGUCACAGUUUCUUAUUUUGUCUUAAGGUCAAACACUAUGAGAAAUCCUUACCACCUACACAGAAAAGCCACCAAGACUUGUCUGUUCCUCAAUAAAUGAGGGCCUGCCAUUUCUUAAAUUAAAAUGAUUUAUUUAACUUUUCUACAAAGCCCAUGUAAAACCUGACCGCCCCUAGCACGAGUCUGAUGAAUUAACCCAAGGACCGUGAGCCAGCGGCGGGCGGGGCCCGGAGACGGUGGCAGGCGCGCAGACGGUGGCGGGGGUCUGGUGUGCGGUGACCGCCCGGCCCUCGCUCGUGCAGGCGGGACUCCCGUCCAGGCCCUAGUUCUCGUGUACAGUUAGCUGCAGAGGAAGAGCAACAUCGGGCAGUAGAAUCCGUCACCACCGGGACGUUUUCUGAUUUAUUUAUUAUCUUCUCAGAUGAAAACGAAGCACAAUGUCGCCUGACCGUGGAAAUACGGUCCGGAGCUGCUGACCUUGUUUAGACGGCUUGGCCCGAGCUGGGGACCGCGGGUGGGGUGGCCCGCGGGCAGGGGUGUGUGCGCUACCUCAUUUUGUGCGGUGCAGGCCUGCUGGCGUCUGGGACGGCUCGCCUCCUCCGACCGUGGCGUCCAGAGAUGCGGUUCCACGUGUGUACCCUGAAGCAGGAGCUGGACAGCGAUGUCUUCUUGGCUAGGACAGGAACACGGGACGAUCUUUCCUGCGCCUCCACAGCCGCAGCGAGGCCAUGUCGUAUCCUGGAGCAAACCAGUCCCGAAGGCUCCUCACUCUACCAGCCUCGCCGUCUCCUGCUGUUGGAGCGGAGCACCGAGCCCGUGGGCGCUGCUGGGCGGCGGCAGUGGAAUGUCUUUAUUAUUUAUGUGUCCUUUUGGUGUGGUUUUUUUUUGUUGUUUUUUGGGUUUUUUUGUUAGUAUUUGGUACCAUGUAGUGUUCUCUCUUCUCCCGGAAGGAUGUGUAUAUUACUUAAAAAAAGAAAUGUAAAGUGUUGUAAAUAAGAUGGCUCAUGAAGGGCCGGCGAGGCGUGCCCCCUUCUGUAUUCAGGACCAGGCCGUCCCUCCCUGCGUGGUGAAGAGAGACACUAUUUUUCUACUGCAGCACCAUGUAGGGCUGGACCCCGAGCCAGCCGGCGUUCUUACCGAGAUCCAAUAUUUUUUAUGACAAAUCUGUGGCUCGACACAUCUACUGAUGGAAAUGGAUGUCUUAGACUAGGUUACUAUUUUUGUCAUACGGAAAUGAAUAAAAUGCAGGAUGUAACAUGA